UUAUGCCACUAGUUAGCGUUUUUCAUCGAUUGGUUCUUUAAAAAGCAUUGAUUUUGGUUACUUGUAUACUGAUUUAAUUUUAUAAAUACACACACACAAGUAUGUUAAAAUAUUUUAAUAGUUAUAAUAAUUUCAUUUAUAUCCAUAAAAACAAAAAAAAGGAAUACAAAUUUUUCCAUGUACAUUUUUACCAUUUAUUUUAACCUUUUACAAUAAGUUACUAACUUCACUUCCGAUCUCUAUGUACGAUGUAAAGUUGUAAACGGCGAGGAGUGUAACACAAUGUGGGAAUUUUUGAAGUUUUAUUUUAAAAACAAUACAUUAUUUGUUAUUUAAAUGAGUUGUGUAUUUUCCUUGUUAAAGUGGACAUAAUAGAUAUUUUACAAUAAAUUUAUUUAUCAUAUUAUCUUAUAUCAAUUAAAGUCAAAGAAAAAAGAUUUUCUUUGAUUAUUUAUUAGAAAUUGUAAUAGUUUGAACUGAACAUAUAUCAAUGUCAUUAGAAGAUUCGAAUGAAAAAAACAAAUUAUGUAGUUCAUUGCAAGAGAAUGCAAUGAUUAUAGUACAAGCAGAAAUGGUACCAUACGUUUCCCAAGAAGUAGAGGUUGGAACAUCUAAGGAUAUCGAAAAUAAAGUACAAAAUAAAAACAAUAGCGUAAGACCUCUACAACCAUCAGACAGCUAUAAUGGAGCAAUAAGAGACACUUAUAUUUGGUCUCAGACAAUCACUGAUGUAGAUGUACUCAUAAAGCUUCCAAAGAUAACUUUGAAACCUAAGGAUCUUCGAGUUACUAUAGAAACUCAAAGGAUAAAAAUUGAAGCACUGCAAGGAUAUGAAACAUGCAACAAAGUUAUCGAUAAACUAGAUUGGACUACUAUCUUUGAGGGUGAACUAAUAUUUAAAACAAAGAAAGAUGAGUCCAUAUGGAGUUUAGUAUCUGGAUAUAUCAGUAUACAUCUUGAGAAAAUAUCCGAACGAUGGUGGGAUGCCCUAAUUACGGAAGAACCUAAGAUAGAGCUGAAUAAAAUAGACUGUUCAAGAAAUUUAGAUGAAAUGGGUUUGAUGGAACAAAUGAAAGUAGAAGAAGUAAUGUGGAAUCAUCAGCAGAAACUUCUUGGCAAACCUACGUCGGAUCAAUUGAAAUUAGAGGAAAUUAUGAAGAAAGCGUGGAAUGUAGAAGGAUCUCCUUUUCAGGGUACAUCGUAUGAUCCAUCCAUAAUAAAAUAUAAUUGAAAUAUUUUUAAUAUGAACCCAAGCAGAAUUUAAUUAAACUAAAUUAUCAAAUGUAAUAAAUAUUUCUUUUCAAAUCCUUAAAGAUAAGUAAUAUUUUAUAAAACGUUCUAUAUCAUCGAAUAAUUAAGAGGAAUUACAGAAU